AUGUACACAAAAUUCAAUCAUAGACCUGUGCAAGAGUUUGCUUAUCAAAGGAAACCAAAGAUUAAAGUUCUAACUAAAUUGGGAUUUUAAGAACUUAUGAAACUCUAGAGCAAUCCAGUCCAGUUUGAAGAACAAGAAGAUCUGACUCUACGUAAUUAUCUUAAAUAAGGCUGUUUAGAUCCAUUUACAAAGAAAUACAGAUCUUAGAUAAAUUUAUGGGAAAAAUUGAAGUAAGUAGAAAACGAGGGAAUUGGUGAAGAGGAAAUUCAGGAAUUUAAUGAAUUUGAGAUUAUGAAUAAGGAACACCCUUAUUUGUUGAGAAAUCAUGCUUAUCCACUCUAAGAAGAAUAUUAGGAACCGCUUAAAUUACCAUAAAUACAGACAGAGAGAUAUCAAAAAAGUAAUGCCCCCAAAAUAUGGGAAUCAUCAUUGUUCAGUGGGGAGAGAGUUUAGUUAAAGAGGAGAAAGUAGAAGAGAUAGGAGGCAUUUAAAUUGGCUGGGUCUUUGUCCAUACUAAGGAAUUUAAUGUAAAUUGAAUAGAGCAGUUAAUUUUGA